UAGGGAGAGAAGUCAAAGUAUCUAUCCAGAAAGGAAUCAUCCCAUCCUUGGCUUCCCGACCACCAAGAAACCCCUUCCAGUCUCUCUGCGCAGACCACAGCCGCUCUCCAAAUGUGAGGGGUGCACCUGCGGCGAAAUACAGGUAAUGUCAGGUUCCGGUACCGCGCCUUUUGGCCGAGGUUCGCCCCCCAGCCAGCCACCAGCGCACACCUCUCGAGCUCCCCGCUUCCUCGGCCGCCGCCUUCACCCCGACUUCGUGCGACGGUCUUCGCGCGACGGUCCACUACAACUCCCGCCUGGGCCGCCUGCAAACCCGAGAGCGCCGAGUGGGCGCGCGGGUUGCGCGCGGGCAGGCGCCCGGAGCUCUGGGCAUGCUCAGUCGCGCGGGCAGGGCUCCGGGCGCGAGCCGGGCUCCCGCUGCACCACAUUCGCCGGCUGCCAAGGGGAGCCGCCGGGCGCUCGCAGACUCGGUGAGCGCUGCCCGCACAAGACCCUACCGCCGCGCCCCGCGCCGCCACCCCGAGCCAUGGCAUCCCUCGGCCACCCAGCCGCCUUUGGCCGGGCCACCCAUGUCGUGGUACGGGCGCUGCCCGAGUCCCUCGCCCAGCAGGCGCUGAGGCGCACCAAGGGCGACGAGGUGGAUUUCGCCCGCGCUGAGCGGCAGCACCAGCUCUACGUGGGCGUGCUGGGCAGUAAGCUGGGGCUGCAGGUGGUGCAGCUGCCCGCCGACGAGAGCCUCCCAGACUGCGUGUUCGUGGAGGACGUGGCCGUGGUGUGCGAGGAGACGGCCCUGAUCACCCGCCCCGGGGCGCCGAGCCGGAGGAAGGAGGUUGACAUGAUGAAAGAAGCACUAGAAAAACUUCAGCUCAACAUAGUAGAGAUGAAAGAUGAAAAUGCAACUUUAGAUGGUGGAGAUGUCUUAUUCACAGGCAGAGAAUUUUUUGUGGGCCUUUCCAAAAGGACAAAUCAACGAGGUGCGGAAAUCUUGGCUGAUACUUUUAAGGACUAUGCAGUCUCCACGGUCCCCGUGGUGGAUGCUUUGCACUUGAAGAGUUUCUGCAGCAUGGCUGGGCCAAACCUAAUCGCUAUUGGAUCCAGUGAAUCUGCACAGAAGGCCCUCAAGGGACUAACUAUGAUGUCUUCCCAUGGCAGCUGGGUUGGCCUGCACGUGUCUGAAAUUGAUUACAAGGGAAGGAGAAGGCUGAAGUUGUCCAUGCUGUGCCUUUGUGUAAAUUAGCAGAAAGAACCUCCUCCAAGUAGACAAACAAGAAAAAGUAGUUUCAUCUGCCAUUCUGGGUAAACUAGGUCCUUAACUCAAAUAAAUUGGUCUGUAACUCAGUAGGUCUCUAAUGCAAAUUGGUCCCUAACUUAGUUUGGAGAAACUAACACGUAAUAAACUAAGAGAUAACACAGUAUAGUUAACUAGCACUCAGUUAUAUGAAAUAGCCUUAAUUGUUAUUCAGAAGAGAAGAAGAAACUCCUUGAGGUCUAGAUAUUCAGAGAAAACUUUAUGAAGAAAAUGUGGCUUGAUGUGGGUCUUGAAAGGUUUGUCAGAGUGGGAUUCAGUGAGAGAGAGUUCCAGGUGGGGACAGGAAAUAAGCAAAGACUAAACACAGUAUAUUCAUGAGAUAUAACCAAACUAACCCAACUAAUAGUUUUCUUGUGGGUUCCGGAGGACACAGCUGGAUGGGGCAGAUGAUGUCUAUAGAGGUAGGGACAUAAAAGUGAGCAAAAGAAUGAGUUUAUCUCCAUGAAGUAGAAGUCUGGUUAUCCAUAGGCUCUGAGAAGAAGAGGCUGUAUUGCUGCAAAGCUGUUGGAUCAUCCCUCCUUUUGCAAAAAAUGAAAUGGAGGGGGAAGGCCCUGUGGUCAAAAAGUGGCAACUGAUGACCUGGAAAAAGAAAGCCAAGCCUCAAGUUCCAUUCUAUGCUUUGGCCACUCACUCACAUUUCUCCAUUAAAAUCAUUUCUUUUCCAUUGUCAAGUCCUCUAAGACCACAUCUUUUAAGAGCAUGCCAUGAGGGUUUUUUAGUCCUCCUUUCUUUAGAGUUCAUUUGAGUCAGUGUUAAUAAUGAUGUUCACUCUAUACUUGAAAACUUCUGUGUCAGAAACUAUAAAUAGUUCUGACUAGAAAGACAUUCUUUGGAGACUGAAUUUUCCAUCAGAAAAUGUGCUUCAUAAACCAUGGGCCUGUGGAGUUGGCCAGUGCCCACCUGCCAUGUUCCUAGCAUCAAAAAGGUCCUCUUCCCUGGUAGCCAAAGUAGGAGUACAAAGUAAACUGAAAACUAAUGAGAUCUCCGUGAGGGUCAGAAAUAAGUGGGUUGGUGAAAUUCAGAUUUAGUGAACUGAACUGGUUAUUUGAGAACAGUUUAGGCACCUGUAUUAAAUCAAUGAAUAAAAUUGAUAGUGGGUAAGUCCUACUGCUGAUUUGAACAUAUAAAUCCUGAUAUAGACAGGCAGGAAGACAAAUGGACAGAGACAAAUACGUCAUUUAUAAGUAAUGAAGUUGUGUUUUUUUUCCACUUCACAAGUGAAAAUACUGAGAACAGAUGAAAUAAGGCAUUUUGAAUAGGAUCUCAUGGUUUCAGAAUCAGAUUUCCUGGACCCAGCUUCUGCUGGCCCCAGUUGCCCAGCCCUCUCCAGAGCCAUUCUUUUUAUUGGAAAGCCUUUUCUAAUUAUUUUGCCAUGGAUUGGUUCUAGCUAAGCUCCCUUUUUCUCCUCUCUCUCCAACUAUUCCCCUCUUCCAUUUGUUGCUGGUUAUCAGUAUCUGAUCUGUAUCAGGGGAGAUGUGAGUUUGGUCCCAGAUGUCUGUUUUUCCUGUGUAAAUCUUGAUGUCUCAGUCUUGUCUCCAUAGAGAAGCCCCUGGCCACUCAGGCAUCACUUUGAGGGGCGUAGCAUUUAAACAGGAGUGAAUUGUGCCUUUCUGUGCUACACACUCAAAACCUGAUUGCUUCCCACAUCUGUCACAGCUCUCUGAGUACUUCCUUCAGAGUCUUUAAAACUACUUCUUGCAUAUUCAUGCAGAGCUGAGAGCCCAAGGGCUUCCCGGUAGUCUUACUGAAUUUGAAACACUUUGUAAUGGGCUGCAGUCUCUUCUUGGUUAAUGAAGUGGGUUCUUAUGGAGAUAGUCAUGAUACCUGUCUAGGCUGUAGGAGAUUUAAUAGUGUAUGCAUUGUCUAUUUAAAUGAAAUAAUCCAUCUAAGAUGACUUUAACAACUCUCUGCUAGAAAGCCCAGAAAGUAUUUAAUGCAGGGUAUAUUUAAAACACUUUUAAUAUAGUUUAUCUAAUAUAGGAAAGAAAGAAAGGAGGACCUAUCAUUACCAUAUUUUACCAUUGAUGUGGCCAAAGUACUGGCAAUUAGGUUGAUUUGACAUUACUAAAGAUAUUAGAUACCAGGUCUUACCCUAGAAACACUAUUAUCUAAGCAAAAUUAGCCUUUAGAGCAACCUGCCCUUGCUACACUUUUUCUCCUAUACUCUUCAUCAUUCUCUUCAUGGCCCUGGGCAAUCACUACCUUCAUCCUGCUCCUCCAGCUAUAAAAGAAAAUAAUAUAAGAGCAAUUAAUUUAUGUUCAGGCAGUAGAUCCACCAGUACUCUUCCAGGAGGAAUGUUUGUCUUCUCAAAGAUGAUGAGAAGUCCAGUUGCUACACAGCUGGAGCUUCGAGUCACAAACGUAAUUUGAGCCACAGAAGCCAACCUCCAGAUAACACAUAUUCUCCUAUCUCAUUCAUUUAAAGUUAAACAAGAGAGAAAACUGGAGUGGGUCGCCAUUCCCUUCUCCAGGGGAUCUUUUCCAAUCCAGGGAAUCAAACCUGGGUCUCCAACAUUAUAGGCAGAUUCUUUACCUUCUGAGCCACCAGGGAAGCCCAGAGAUCAAACCACUCUAUGCUCUUAGCAGUCAGGGUAGUAGUUAAUUCAAGAGGGAGGGAGUCAUGGUGUGCAGGGCCAUCUUGUAUGUUAUACUUUAGUUUUUAAAGAUUAGUAAAAAAAAUACAUAUAUUGUUGGAAGUGGGCUGUGACUAACUUAUAGAAAUAAUUCUUCAGUAGCUGAGUCUAAGUCUCAAAUCCUUGCUUUACCUUCCAUGUGAUAUCUUUUAAUAAGGAAAAAAAAGGCAAACUUUAUAUACCCCUUGACCAAUAUCUCGCCAUUUCCCCUCGCCUGCCAGUCUUUGUAAACCUUAAAUAUAUAUAUAUAUAUAUAUAUUCCUUUAUAUGUCAGUAAAGCUGGGGAGGGAAAAAAACAUAAUAAAGAGUAGAUUUGCACUACAUCUCAUCUGUUCUUUUUCUAUAUCCAUGCCAAAAUCGACUUGCUUUCCAGGAACCUGGAUUAAUUACAUGCUGUCUGUCACAGGAGGACAGAUCGUAAUUCUCACCAUCAGGAGGGGCUCUCAGUAAUACUUUUUUUUUUUUUCAGUAAUACUUUUUAACCCAAUCUCCGUGGUAGCAUUUAGUCUUCCAGCCAACUGGGAGUAAGAGAAAGCAAGGAAAGAAAGACAAAGAGAGGGAGUGAAGAAGAGAGGGAAAGGAGGUGGGGAAGAGUGACACUUAGCUGAAACAAUCAGAUGAGGAAGCUGCUGCCCUCCCCAAAUGCAGAGCUCCAGGGACUUGUGGUACUGACAUGUUGAGGGGUGUGCCAUAAGCUGGCCAGGAGGCAAGAGGCAUCUUCCUAACUUACCCCACACAGGAGACCAGGUAUUUUUCUCCUUUAGGCAUCUACAGUUUUGUUUAGUGACCUUUCUUUUAUUACUAAUUUUAUUCUUUUGUAUCACAAUGAAUUACUGUUUAAGAUUUUUAAUAGAAAUACUAAAAGGAUGUGGUAAGAAAAGAAUUAUGAGAUCACCACUCCAUUUUUUGUGCCUUUGUCAUAUAAAUGGAGCUGAAAUAUAGUACAUGAAAUUCCAGUAGACUUGUAAUUUUAAAUUAAAAAGAUCAUAAUGCAUCUGGACGGAAAUGUCUUUAAGAUUUUUAUGUUUCCUGAAAUAGCAAAUUGCAUUUGUAAGAUUCCUUGAAUGAGGACACGGGCUGCCUGCUCUGAGCUAAUUUAAAUUGCAUAGGAUACAGUGUGUUUUUCUUUUGCAUGACUAACUAUAUAAUAGAGGUCACUCAGUAUUUCCUCUCGUUUGACUCAGCUUCAGCAUUGAUUUUAUGUCCAAAAAUGUCCAUGUUAUUUUAUAGGUGGUCAUUUAAAAAAUGAAAAUGGAAAAAGUCCUUAAUGUUUUUGGAUUUUGUAUGUUUUUUUAAUCGCCUGGAAUUUCCUUUAAUGACAACUGGAACAGCAAUAGCAAAAACCAAAAGACAGAAGGAGAGCUAACCAGUAUCAACAGCAUGAUUGAAAUGGAAAAAUAAAGACUUUGCAUUUUCAGUUGCUGUUACAGGGAAUUAAAGUCUGUAGCUACAAGAUUUCCCACUUUGUAUCUCUACUGUGAAGGACAAAUUGACCAUCCCUCUUAGGUUUAAUUUAGUCUCAUUGUCAGGUUUUCUGUUCCAAUUGUAUUCACCAGAUUCACAAGAAAAUGAUCUUUUAAAAAAUAAUCAACCGUGCCUGAAUUAAGAAAUUAAAACACAAAACCAAAUAGACUCUGAGUUUGUGACAACUGUUUAUGCUCCUUUUCCUGGCAGCAGUUGGCUUAUCUGACAGUAUUCCCAGAGCUGUGUGCCAACAAGGCUGGGGUGGCCAAACAAAAUGCUUUGGCAUGAGAGGGCAAUAAAUAAUCUGAGGCUCGGGGACCAAACAACCUUGCUGCAUAUCAACACUAGUCCCAAGUGAGGCAGGAAGAAAGCAAAAUUGGCCAAGUAGGAGAAAGGGAACAAUGAUGUGUUUUUUUCUCUUGAGCUUUCAAGAAAAUGUCAAAGAGGAAAAAAAGGAAGAAAUAAUAUUUAAAAGGCUGUUCAUUCUAUCCAUUAUAUAAUGGACAUCAAAAAGUACUUAAACUCUAUGGGAUGUCGUCGGGGGAACUCAAGCAUCUUGUUCGGAGGUUGAGAAAAUGGCCUUUUAAGAGUUCUUUCAAUCCAAGACCACUGCUCAUGA